CCAUCAAUUCAAACAGUCAUAGAUGAAAUCCACAAGGAAAACCCCAAUUUCUCUCACUUGAUUCAGCAAUUCUACCACCCAAUGCAAUCCCGGCUCGACCCGUCUCUCGAAUCCAUCUGGGUCUACACCGCAUUGACGUUUCGGAGCCGGAACCACCCGAAAGACGACAUCUUUGACCGAAUCUCCGCCGCGAAGGACCUGUUUCAGCUGCUCUCCUCCUGCUCCGCUCCCUGCGGCGGCGCAAAGAGCGCCGCGCUGCUCGCUCCGGUGGUGCGGUUGGUGCACGACGUCGUUUUGGAGUUGUUUAAGAGGGAUUUGGGGUCGAAGAAAGAGAAGAAAACUUUGAAGGAGGUGAAGAGUUUGGUGGGAGUGAUUCUGGGGUUUAUAAAUGUGUGUUGUUGUGAUAGGGAUUCGGGUUUGAUUGAUUCGGGUUCGGGUUGGUCUUUUUCGGGUUUGAGCUGUGUUUGGUUGAAUAGAAAUGAGGGUGUUGGGGAUUUGUUGCCUUUGGUGAGUGAGGAGGUGAUUGGUGGGGUUAAGGAGAGAGAUGGGGAUGUGAGUUACUUGGCCGGAGUUGUUAUUGCAGAGGUGUUUCUGUUGAAAAUGUGCUUGAAUUGUAAAGGUGGGACUUCCAGGGAGGAGUUGGAGACAGAGUUGAGGACUUGGGCUGUUGGUUCCUUUACUGGGUUCCAGAGUGUUUACCUUUUCGAGGUCCUUUUGAGGAUGCUGCUGGAGAAGACAUUGCCUGUUACCUCCCUAGUCAGUUCUGAAGAUGAAGUUUUGUUGAGGAAAGUGCUGUAUGAUGUCAUCAUAUUGGUUGAGUAUUCUUUCCUUGAUCCCAAGAAAGCAAUUCACAUAACCGCUGAGCACAUGAAAAUUAUUGCCAUGAGAAGAUUGAUUCUUGCCCAUGAAGCAGUGAAGUAUUUUAGGGAGCGUGGUGAUCAAAGGAGAAGCAUCUCUUACACUACUGCAUUUUCCAGUUCACAAUUUUAUUCUCAAAUUGUUAAAUGGGUAAAGAGUCAGAUUCCUGUGGAGGAUAGCUCAGUCAAAUCAAAGGGAUCCUCACCGAAAGCUCUUAUAAAAUGGCUUCUUAACCUUGAGCGUCAAGGCUUCUUAGUGUUUGGAGAUAGCAUCUUGAAGUAUCAUAGUCCUGAUAUGUCUGAACCACCAGCUUCGAAGUUAGACAGCGAUGAAAUGGAUGAUGGCCCUAGCUUUUACAUUGAUAACAAGAGGCUAGACGAUUAUACUGAUGAUGAAAGAGUUAAUGAAUACAUAAGUACGGCAUUUUUAACUGCUGCUAAUACAAUGACAUCAGUGGAGAAAAGAGGGAAAAAAUGGAAAGGGGAAAACAGUGAGAGUGAAGAGGAGAGUUCACUCUCUGAUGAGGACUCAGAAUGAGAAGAGUAUGAGAAGAUGAGAAUCUGAUGAGGACACAGAAGGACAAUAGCACUAUAAUCUCAGGGAUGCUGUCUGGAUACUGUGCUCAUGGUCUAAGAACUUGUAUGAACGGCUAACUACUUGGUAUUAAAAGUUUGUGUCUAACAUUUCUUGUUGUUAUGAGGCAUGUACCAUUUGCUUGUUGUUUGAAAGAAGCUUGUCAACAAUUUGUUAAACACUUCCAAUACAUUUUAUGGCUCUUUGUUCUUUUACAAAAGGG